CAACACAAUAUGGCUGAACGUGCCUUCAGAUUAAACUUUACUAUUCGGAUUUUUAAUAAAUGUUCAGUGCAUAACAGAAUUUUGAAGAAAAAGUGCAUUCCAUUCGAUUACUUUUCUCAAUUUUAUAAUAUAGAUCUGUACUUCAAAACGAUACAAUUUCGAACAAACAUAUUUUGGAGCAAGAACAUUCCCUCGUAUUUUUGUUUAUAAAACUUAAUCGACGAAUGUGCGAUUGUCGUGAUGUCAGCUAUCAAGGUUAUGCAUAAAUCCGUGCAUACUCGAAGAAUUACACUUAUAAUUUACAGAGGAGAGAUAACGGAUUCGAUUGUUCCUCAUAACGCAUUAAAUUGAAUGGUUGUGUGAUUAAGGAAGAAGAACCAUGAUUUCAUACAUUGCUGUCAAGAAUAAAACACGAAGCAAAACAUCUAGUGAGGUUAUGCUGUUUUCAAUAUGGACGCUUCACGCGCUCAUCCACAAGAUCCACGUUUGCUCGAUGCGUCACCGAUUGCAGACAGUGUACACAAUAUCCUCUUCGCGACAAAAAGAACGACAGUGUUUGCCGGUGGGUGGCAGAAAAUGAAAAAUCAAGCUACCUUGACCUUGUUCGGUAACAAUGCUGGAGAAAGAUCGUCCGCGGUAACAGGUUCGGUUCAAAGGAGCACCGUCGCGUCAAGUAACCGCGCGCAUUCCGCCUCUAGGAGGAUCAACCAUCAACGUCAGCAACAGCAACAACCACCGCAACAGCAACAGCAACAGCAACAGCAACAGCCACAGCAACCAGCACAACAACAGUCGCAAUCACAGCAGCCUAGAAUACCAGUGGGAUCCUUAAGGAACCCGGAUGAACACGGAUCGAGAGCCAGCUCGGCACAGGACGUUUGCGAUAACUCGAACGAUUCUGGGCUCGGCUUUGAGGAUCGUCAGCAACACCUCACGAACGCAACCGCUUGGAACGGCGCCGGCGAGGAAGACUCCAAGAGAAGAAAAAUGGACAUCAAGCUCGAGUCCGAGGAUGCGAAUUUCGCCUUCCCCGAAGUAGCACAUUCGGCGAGUUCCGACGGUAAAACGACCAACAGAAAUAGCUCGAAUGGAAUCGCCGUGUUGGCCACUAUCUCCGGAAACAGGACAGGGAACGGAAACUCCGGAAGGGUCGUUGAAGUAUCCAGAUCUCGUCCGGGAUUGGGCGUUCUCACGAAGAGGUCGUCGGCUACUCAUCAAGGACCUGUCACCCUCACCUCUCAACUGUGUAGUGCUUCCGCAGAUGGAAAGGUGCAAUUGCAGAUAAUCUGUCAGCCCGAGCAGCAGCAUCGGGCUCGUUACCAAACCGAAGGCUCUCGAGGAGCAGUGAAAGAUCGAACCGGGAACGGGUUUCCCAUCGUUCGUCUGGUCGGUUAUGACAAACCGACCACUCUUCAAGUUUUCAUCGGUACAGAUCUGGGUCGUGUCGCACCUCACAUGUUCUAUCAAGCUUGUCGAGUAAGCGGUAAAAACUCGACGCCAUGCAUCGAGCGUAAAAUCGACGGUACCAUCGUGAUCGAGGUGGACAUGGAUCCGACGAAGGAUAUGAUGGUCACUUGCGAUUGCGUCGGUAUCUUGAAGGAACGUAACGUGGACGUAGAGCACAGAUUUCCACAGGAAGCCGGUGUGCUACAGGGUCGCAGUAAAAAAAAGUCGACCCGUUGUCGCAUGGUUUUCCGCACGACCAUCGCUCAUCCCGAUGGCAGUACGGAGACUUUGCAAGUCUGUUCUCAACCAAUAGUUUGUACUCAACCACCUGGUAUACCGGAGAUCUGUAAAAAGUCGCUCACCUCCUGUCCGUGCACCGGUGGAUUAGAACUGUUCAUACUUGGAAAGAACUUUCUGAAGGAUACUCGUGUAGUGUUUCAAUUAGACAAUGACGAUCUGUCGAGUAGUUUAGAACCGCACUGGGAGUGCGCCGUUUUGCCCGACAAGGAAUUCUUGCAGCAAACGCAUCUGGUAUGCGUGGUGCCUGCAUACAGGCGACAAGAUCUUGCGCCUUCGGAAACGGUCAGCGUUAAACUGUACGCCGUGUCGUCCGGCAAAACUAGCGAGCCUCACACGUUUCUUUACACCGCCGCUUCUGCACCGCCAGAGCCGUCGGUGGGCAAGAUAGAACCCAUCACGCCGCCAUUGGCCAACACAAACGGUGAUACCGCGCUGGCAACGUCCCCUGCAGCAGCCGUAUCUCUCACCACGGGUGUAUCGUCGAACACUCUGAUCACGCAAGCAGCCGCGGGAACGCCGAACUUCUUGACAACGAUACAGCCACAACAAUCAGCCUCCCAAACGACGGAGGCUCUGAAGAGCGACCCCAGUCCUCCGCCAGUUACGGCAUCGUCUCAGGUGACACCAGUUCUGAUGUGGGCUGCUCAAAGUCCAAAUUGCCAAAAUUCGCCGCCUGACGUGAUGAUGCCGCCUCCAGCCAUGGUAGCGAAUCCCCUUCUAAACCGCAGGUCGUCUUCGAAUCUUCAAUUAAUCCUGCCCGAUAAUUUGAAGACCGAGGUACUAGAUGAGAACAGCGAAAACAGUAUGAUUAGCGAGAACAGUAUGCAGAGUAUACCUACACCUACUGCGAACGGCUCGACGGGUACGAGCCCGUUGCAGCAGCUCGUUAACGAAAACUCCAGAGACACGCCUCAAACGAACAUGAUCAGAUCGGUGCCGGUUGCGGCAAACAGUUCACCCGUACAGGAGGCAGUAAAUCUGCUCGGCGUAGUCGAUUUGAUGCGGAAUCAACACCCAUUAUCGAUGGUGUCCACGCACCAGAACACCUUCGGAGGUAUGCACGACUCGUCUCAAGUCAAAGUUCUAAGUCCUCAUCAUAUCAACAAAGACACUAAUUCGAUGUUGCCGACAGAAGGCAGCCCUAACGGAACUCUUCAGGGUGGCGGUGUCGUAGAUCUCCGCAUGAAACACCACCAGUCGGAAUUCGGCACUCUAUCGAAUUUCACCGGUCCACCGAAUGGACAGUUACCUGCACAGAGUGGACAUAGCGUAGAAAAAUACCUGAACCACAUCGAGUCCAACGUGAAAGAGGCUGAAAGCCAGGAGAAUGGUUUCGUGGGUGCCAUACAGCAACGAGCUUCCAUAAUCGCUACGGGACGACAACCUCAACAAGCACAAGCUUCCAACAUUUUAGCGGCUCCCACUCAAGGUGUGAAGCUGGAUACCCUCGUUAAUUCAGGGACGGAAUCUCAUCAGUUGGUGUCACCGCUUCGCACCGUCAACCCCAACAGUAGCGCCAUGAUGAGUCAUGUGUCCGCGGUAACCGACCACGAGACGAUCACGAGUCCCCAACAGAGCAGAAAUAGCCCGCCGAUUCCCGUGAAAACGAUGCUCCUCGAAGCGUUGAUGCCUCCUCAAAGCGUUCAACCUUUGACAGGGAGUAGCGGCACCACCGUGUCCUCUCCGGCUUCUGUUGUCCAAGAGCCGACCAACGGCGACAGCUUACUCACGACUAUUAACGCUGCUCUAUUGCCCUCAAUGCAGGAGCCAGUCGUGACUACGAACGGUACGUCGAAUCCUAGUGUUACUGUACCGAACCAUAAUCAGAUGCAAGUUACGGACGAGACUAUGUCGACAGCAGCGGAGCAUAUUCCGCAAAUUCAGGGUCUUAUUCAGCAAGAAGUUGUAGCGAUGCAGCAGGCGCAGCAAGUGGAGCAAGUGGUGGCGCAGGCACAGCAGCAAGUCGAACAGGUUGUCGCUCAGGCGCAACAGCAGGCUGUCCAGGCCGUGCAGCAGGCGCAGCAACAGGUUGUCCAGCACGUAGUGCAGCACGCGCAAGUUGUCCAGCAGGCUGUACAGCAAGUGCAAGCGGUGCAGCAGGUUCAGGCUGUGCCAGCCGUUCAGCAAGCGGUGCAACAGGCUACGCAGGAAGUGGUCCAGCAGGCAGUGCAGCAGGCGACCCAAGAAGUGGUGCAGCAGGUGCAAGCGGUGCAGCAAGCGGUGCAACAAGCGCAGGCAGCUCAGGCGAUGCAACAAGCGGUGCAGCAAGAUAUAGGGUCCAUGUUGAAUCAACCGGCGGGUUUCGUAGCCGAAGCCAGCUCCGCCCUCGCAAGCGGAGCGGCGCAGGAACCGUCGCAACAGAGAUUGACUACUGCUGCGGAGCAGGCGAUUAAUAACGUAAUCACUAACGCUACUCAGGACAUCAUUAACAAUCGACCAAUCACCACGACAACCGCCCAUGCCAUCAUCGCAACGAAAAAUAUAUUGAACAGUGUAGCUACUCAGAGCGCGCAGCUUAUGAACAGCGCUAUGGAGGGCAUCCUACCGAAAUCUCCGCCGGGUCAGAAUAAUAUCGUCGAACAAGUCGCGAGCAAGUCACCGCCCGUUGCCUUACCCGUCACGCCCAACAGGCAAAACGUGAACCCACCCAUUACUAAUACGGCUAACAGUUCUACCGGAACGACGGUCAGAAAACAAGAAGAUGGGAUGUUGCCCCAAGAGCUUACAUCGAUGUCAGAACAUGAUCUGUUGAGCUACAUAAAUCCAAGCUGUUUCGAUCCUCAGAAUGGAUUUCUUAUGUAGUACUGCCGUAUUCUUGUCAUUAAAAUACGUGUAUAAUUGUAUUCGACGUAUUCGGGUACACGGGGCAAAUGACAGAGCGACUGAGCGUGCGAGAGAGAGGGAGAGAAAGAGAGAAUGAAAGAAAAUAAUGAAUUCCAAUCGAUCGCGUAUAGAAAGUAUAUUUCUUGGCUCGGUACGAGUUCUUAUAUAUUUGUGCCACAUUGUCGUUUCAGACUUUGUAUGUGAUAGAAAUGAAAUCCGUUUUUAUAUAAUGAAAAUGGACGAAGUUUGCACCACCUUUGUAACAAUUGAAAACUAUUAACUAUCGUGUUUAAGUAAGACGGGCGCACGAGAGCGCGACAAUUAGGGUUUUUCCUUUACUCUUCCUUUUUCUACGAGUUGUCAAAUGUGAUAGUUCAUUUUAUUUAUCUCCAUCACGUCUCUUGCGCAUCCAGGUGCCUUUUCUCUAUAUUUGUAAAGUAUCAAAGGAGAUUGGUAAUUGUCUCUCGAAAAAAAAGUAGUAUCGUCCGAGUACGAUACAUGCGCGCGUGUGUGUGUGUGUGUGUACAUGUAAUUUGUAAUAAUUGACAAUGUACUGACCCCACUCAACUCUAUAAGCAGAGCCAUGGGAAUUGAGUGUUAGUAAGAAAACAAAGUUACGUUCUCACAGUACCUUGAAAGUAGUGAAUCUACGAAUCAUUAUAUACAUUAGUGCAUCCUUCUUGACUUGAUUUCAUUCUAACAAAUGAAUCAUCUUGUUGUUUGACGUCGUUUCUAUUAUUAUAUUUCUAAGUAUAAUAUAUUUCGUAUGUUGUUUAAUGAUUAAAAUCAUUUUUUUUGUUGAUAAUUAAUACCAAUUAAUAGAAGAUUAUGUGAUUGCGUUGAUGCUGUUAUUGUAACUACUAGGCAAAUACAGAACGACAGAGAGAUUAUAUUAUAUAUGUCAGUACGAAGAAUAAUAUAGAAAUAUAUCAUUGAGA